GUCCUGGCCCUUGGCCCAACCUCCUGCUGCCCCCGGUCUGAGAGCCCAGGCCCCGAGUCUCCGCCUUGCCGUCCAGCCUGUCCUUGGUGUGGGGUGCUUGGAAGUGCAAGCACCCUCUCCGGUUCUUUACCGGCCCCAAGGGUCGUUUGCGGCGGUCCCCGGGCCCAGUCAUCGGCCCUCUUUUCCGGUGCCGGAACUAUAGUACUGGUGCCUUAGUUUCCCAGCCGGCAGGCGGAGUGAGGAGGAAGCGGAGGCGACACCGCUCUCACCACCGGGGAAAGGAAGGAGGCGGGCCCUGCGCGCAGCAUUUUGGGAACGAGUGGAAUUCUGGGAGCUGGGCCCGCCAUUCUCUUGAUUCACGCCUUCGCCGUAGCGGCUUUCGCCGUGCACCGAAGAGAAGGAAAAGUAGGCCAGAGCCGAACUCUCUUCCUGCCAAGAUGUCUAUUGGUGUGCCAAUUAAAGUGCUGCAUGAGGCUGAGGGCCACAUUGUGACAUGUGAGACGAACACCGGUGAGGUAUAUCGGGGGAAGCUCAUUGAAGCAGAGGACAACAUGAACUGCCAGAUGUCCAACAUCACAGUCACAUACAGAGAUGGCCGAGUGGCACAGCUGGAGCAGGUGUACAUCCGUGGCAGCAAAAUCCGCUUUCUGAUUUUGCCUGACAUGCUGAAGAAUGCACCUAUGUUAAAGAGCAUGAAAAAUAAAAACCAAGGUUCAGGGGCUGGCCGAGGAAAAGCUGCUAUUCUCAAGGCCCAAGUGGCUGCAAGAGGAAGAGGACGUGGAAUGGGACGUGGAAACAUCUUUCAAAAACGAAGAUAAUUUUCUCCAUUGAACAGACCUUUGCCCUUUUUUCUUUCAGGUUAUCUGAGUUCACUGGGGUGGGUGCUUGUGUAUAUGUCCUAGGUAUCUUUUGACAUCUUUCUCUUUAGAUCAGGGAAAAUGUUGAAGCUAAAUAAAUCUGGGGGGUUUUUUGUUCUGUUUUGUUUUGUUUUGUUU